GGGGGUUGUAUGUCUUGAUGAGGUCGUCUGCUCUUUUUUCUUGGAGGGGAGAGGUGAUGGCUUGUUUACUUUGGUAGAUAUCACGGUUGAGGUUGGGGUUGUUGAGGGAGUCAACCACGGUUGAACGUCUGCUUUGCGCCUUCCUGCAUCAUCACCAACGUUACCGCCACCACGCCUUCCCAACCAACGACAUCAUCACCCCUUCGCUCGGCACCGAGCCCUCAUUGAAUUUCACGGCCAACACUUAACCUUGCUUGACACCCACCUAGGUGUCAACCCUCCACGCCAAUAUCCCUAACUACCCAACAUCAAUUUCCCUAACCAUCCUCAACAUGACCACCCCCACCCUCAACUACCUCACCACCCGCCUCCCAAGCCUCCUCCCAAAAUCAACCCACCUCUCCGACAUCCCCAACCCAUUCCGUCUAUUAGCCUCCCUCGACAGACAGAACUGGGCUUUUUUCUCGGUGGCGUUCUUUGCUUGGACAUGGGACGCCUUCGACUUUUUUACUGUUUCUCUCACCCUUCCCGACCUUGCCAAGUCUUUUGGUCGGUCACGAACGGAGAUAACGUGGGGGAUUACACUGGUACUGAUGUUCAGGACGGUGGGGGCGGUGGCGUUUGGGGUUGUGGGAGAUCGGUAUGGGAGGAGGUGGGGGUUUGUGGUUAAUAAUGGGUUGUUUGUUGUUUUGGAGUUGGCAACCGGCUUUUGCCAAACCUACUCCCAAUUCCUCGCCUGCCGCGCCCUUUUUGGGAUAGCAAUGGGCGGCCUAUAUGGCAAUGCAGCUGCCACCGCCCUUGAAGAUCUCCCACCGAUCGCCCGCGGGUUGAUGUCUGGUCUUCUCCAGCAAGGCUACGCUUUUGGCUAUCUCCUCUCCACCGCCUUCUCCCGCGCCUUGGUUGACUCCACUCCCUAUGGUUGGCGCCCAUUAUUCUGGUUUGGAGCUUGUCCUCCUGUUCUCAUUAUUGGUUUGAGGUUGUUGCUGCCAGAGACGAGAACAUACCAAAAGUUAAAGAUGGAGCGAGAGCUCAAACACCAGCAGCAGCAAGAUGAGGAGGAGGGUUCCGGCCAGGAGGGGGGAACUGGAAUGCGCAAAAAGGGGGUGACGCAUGUGUUUUGGGAGCAGGGGAAGCAAGUCAUGAGAAAGGAAUGGUUGUUGCUCACGUACAUGGUGUUGCUGAUGGCAGGGUUCAACUUUAUGAGUCAUGGCUCGCAGGACUUGUAUCCUGUGCUGCUUGACACGCAGUUUUUGUUUUCGAGGGAUCAGGGGACGAUUAUUCAGGUUAUUGCCAAUGUCGGGGCUAUGUUUGGGGGUACGACGGUUGGGUUUAUGAGUCAGUUUGCGGGCAGGAGACUGAGUAUCUUGGUGAUGUGUGUUUUGGGAGGCGCGAUGUUGUAUCCGUAUACUGCGACUGAUGUCGCCAAUCAGGGAUGGGGGAGGAUUGCUGCGGCGGCGUUUUGGGAGCAGUUUGCUGUUCAGGGGGCUUGGGGGGUCAUACCCGCUCAUUUGAUGGAGUUGUCUCCUGCGAAAUUCCGGACUUUUGUUGUUGGCACGUCGUAUCAGCUGGGUAAUCUGGUUAGCUCGGCGUCGAGCACGAUUGAGAGCACGAUUGGGGAGAGGUUUCCACUGCCUCCGGAGACGACACCCGACGGGACAGUGGUUGGACAGAGAUGCGAGUAUGGGAAGGUCAUCUGCAUCUUCAUGGGUUGCGUCUAUGCGUAUGUGGUGGUGCUGACGCUGCUGGGGCCGGAAUGUCUUGGCAGGAGGUUUGACCGGCGUGAUAGUGAGGCUUUGGAGGACACUGGGGUAGUAUUUGAGGAGGAUCACGAACAAGGUUUUGAGAUCUUUCAAGGUGCACAGGGAGAAAGGGAGAAACGUGAUCGGAAGGGUGAAGAGGCGGUAUGA